AAUGACGGCCUGAGAAUUCCGGACUGGCGCAUUCUGAAUCGAGUACGCAGGUCAACAAUGGCGGAAAUCACCAUUGCAGUUGACCCGCUAUCAGCGGACACGCUAAAGCACCGCGGGAACGUGGUAAACUAUGGCUUUGGCGUAGUAAAACUUAGGGAGAAAGUCAAACCGUCGAUGCCCGUGGUAGACAAAGAUGCCGCCGACACCGAAUACCCUAACUCGGAGGAGCAACCUUGCUGCUCCAAAGACGUCAUCGUAGCUCCCAGGCAGCUACCCAAUGACACGCAAGUGCAGCAGAAGUCAUCGGAGGUUGGCACAGAGCUACACGUAGCAUACAAAGCUCCAACAACGCCUCCGAAAACAGCAACAACAACAUGCCCGACCCUACAACAGGUGCUGGAAGAAGCCCAAAAAGGCGUUGGACCCAUCGCAUCCCCAAAGCCUGCAAAACGGCCACCACUACGUGGCAGCUCCAAAGCGGCUAUGUCCAGCCGCAAAGGCAAGGGAGAUGCAAGGACGGCCGAAGAAGCGGUCUUGCUGAAGGGCAACAGGGGGAAGAAGGUGGCUGCUCGCGGCCGAAAAGACCGCAAGUAAUGGCACCUCACCCCAAAAACUCUACAAAUCUGAGGCACAUUAAAUGCCUCCAAGUGAACCUUCACCACGCGAAAGCAGCAUCAGAUGUUUUACAUAGGAGGUUCACAAACGAAGGCUUAGGUGUAGCCUUCAUCCAGGAACCCUGGAUAUUAAGAGGUGACGUCAAAGGCCUUAAUACAAAGGACGUUCAUUACGGCAGAUCUCGUUGCGGUAUGGGCCAAAAUUCCUACUCCUAGGGGGGUGCAAGAGGCAGUACUUGCCUCCGCGUACUUCCCGGGUGAGGAGGAGAUAGCCCCGACACCAGAGGUAAAGGCGCUUACGGAUCACUGCCGGCAGAGUGGUAUACCCUGGAUCCUCUGCUGUGAUGCAAAUGCCCAUAGCACUGUCUGGGGGAGCACCGACACCAACAAAAGGGGUGAGUACCUCCUUGAGUUUAUAAGUAGUUAUAAUAUAAGUAUUAUAAACCAUGGCAAUGAACCAACGUUCAGGAACGCUAUUAGAGGGGAAGUCUUAGAUCUUACUCUAAGU